AAAAUGCCUAGAGUCAAGACAAAUCAUAUAAAAUACCCCGAGGGUUGGGAGCUGAUUGAGCCUACCCUACAUGAGCUGGAUGCUAAAAUGAGAGAAGCUGGCAAUGACCCUAAUGAUGGUAAAAGAAAGUGUGAAGCACUCUGGCCCAUAUUCAAGGUUGCGCAUCAGAGGAGCAGAUAUGUUUAUGACCUUUACUAUGGAAGAAAUGAAAUAUCUAAAGAUCUGUACGAGUUCUGUUUGGAACAAGGUUAUGCGGAUCGCAACCUGAUUGCAAAGUGGAAGAAGCCUGGAUACGAGCGUCUCUGCUGCUUGCACUGCAUACAACCUCGGGAUCACAACUUUGCAACUACUUGUGCAUGUCGUGUCCCCAAGCACCUUAGGGAAGUUGCUGUAAUAGAGUGUGUACAUUGUGGAUGUCAAGGUUGUGCAAGUGGGGACUAA